GAUUGUAACUCAUCUCCAGCGGACAAUAUUGUUUCAAGAAUUAACACCGCAAGUCGGACAGGUUAUGACCGUGUAAGUCCGGUGGCGAAUAUAUAACAAAGCUACACUUGAAACUGAUCUCCACAAUUCUGCACGUUGUGUCAAAGGGGCAGUUUGUGGUUGAACAGUUUCUACAUCCGUUUCUGGUCAUUCAAAAUGCCGAAAGAAAAUCAAAUUCCGUUGAUUGAAGACGCGCGAGAAACUCCAAAAUGGAUCAAUGAAAAAUACUUUGAAUCGUUGUUGAGGAAGUACAAAGAUGACCCAACUAUUGAGGUUCAAUCCGUGCAAGUGACAUAUGCAUUACCAAAGGGUGAAAACUAUGCCAGUGUGAUCUACCGUGCCCAAAUUGUUCACCGCAGAAAAGACCAACCAGUUAAAACAUGCAGCUACAUAAUCAAGGGAAUUUCGGAGACACCGUUGGCGAAACAGAAACUAGGCGAGUACGAUGUCCACCGAAAGGAGAUGGACAUCUAUCAAUUGGUAAUUCCUGAAUUUCGGCGAUUGAUGAGGUCCGUUGGAGAUCGAGCAGAGCUUUAUCCAAAUCCACUGUGUGUAGAUCGAAUUAAUGACGUGAUCAUUUUGAAUGAUGUUACAAAGAAGGGCUACGUAAUGCUCGACAGGACUCAGGGAUUGGACGCAACGCAUGCAAAAAUGUCUUUGAAAGCAAUGGCUAAGCUACAUGCCAGCUCCCUCAAGUUGGUGGAGAUCUAUCCUUCGAUAUUUGACCGGUACACCACUGGAAUGUGGACUCGUAAGACAGAUGCAUUCCAUGAGUUCUUCCAGUCCACGUACGAUUCACUGACGGAGGAAAUCUACACCUGGGAUCCGGAAUGGCACUACUAUGCUAACAAACUGCGAAAUCUUCGACCGCACUUCAUCGAGCAAGCAUUGUCCGUAUUCGACAACGACCAAGAGGGAGAUUUACGCGUUUUGGUGCAUGGUGAUUUAUGGAUCAACAAUCUGAUGUUCAAGUACGAUGCCAACGGUCAUCCAAGCGAUGUAUUGCUUCUUGAUUUUCAAUUUUGCUGUUAUGGAAGCCCAGCCAUCGACUUGUUUUACUUCUUCUUCUCUUCUACCAAAGAUGAAAUCCGUCAGAACUGCUUCGAUGAAUAUAUGCAGUACUAUUAUUGUCAUUUGGUAGAAUACGCGAAACGGAUAAACUGCACAAGGCCACUGCCGACGUUGCAUCAAUUUCAACUACAGCUCCUGAGGAAAAUGUUUUACUCUAUGUAUUCAAGCAUCGUGGCGCUCCCGAUACACCUGAACCAGGAACCGGAUGCCGAUUUCGACGCACUCAUGGCCGGAGAUGAACGAGCCAGGAAGUUCAAGAAGGCCAUCAUGACCAACAAAAAGUACCACAAGAUCAUCAAAGGCCUGCUGCCGACUUUUGACCGGAAGGGUCUGUUGGAUAAGCUUGACUGAUGGCGGCGUUGUUUUGUAGUUAUCGGUGGAGGCUUACUGAUCGUUUCGUUAUGUGUUUGAUGUGAACCAUGUUACAUUGUACAUUUUGAAGUAAUUUGUGAUAUAGGCUCAAAUGCAAUUGCUAACAAAAAGUGUUAUUCGCCGUUUUGAUGCGCAAGAAGAAAUGAUAUAAGCUAAGAAGCAACAAUCUACACUUUUGAAUAUCGCUGGUGCUGUGCGCAUAUUACAAAUAAUGCAAGAUUUGGGACUUAGCUCAAUUUCAUUAUUUUAUGUCAUAAGUAAUAUACGAAUAUAUUGAAAUAAAAAUGAAGUGAUCUCACCAAUAUAAACUA